AUGAUAAUUCUAUUCGAAUCAGAAAAAUUCAAUCCGCCUCCACUAUACUACUAUUAUAAAUUAUCAGAUGGAUAUUAUUUUCUCAUUUGGCCAUUAUUUUCACUUUCAACAACUAUUGGUAUUAUUCAAGUAAAUUUUCAAGGUUUGAACUGUUAUAGAAGAGAAGAAUCCUGUAGAGAACAUGCGAUUCAUCGGACGUAUGCAAUCUGCCAAUCCUGCACGAAUUCAACGCAGUGUAAACUAAUUGCAUGCGAAUAUCGUUGUGUUUGUCGAGAUGGAUAUAUUUUCAAUGAAAAUAAUAAUUCAUGUGUUCAAGCAAUUUCGACAACCGAUUCAGCAAUGUCGUCAUAUGAGCCUUCGAAUGAGAAUUUCGCCAAUGGAACUUUGUCGGAUAAUGCUGAAUGCGGUGAAAAUAUGGAAUACAACGAAAUUUCGUCAUUUUGCCAUAUUCCUUUUGUUAAGUCAAUUUAUAAUUUUUUUAACAACGAUGGUUGUAAAGUAAAUUGUGUUUGCAAAAAAGGAUAUAAAAAAAGCGGCGAAGGUCCGUGUAAAUUAGAGGCAUCUGCAUCCUAUUGUUCGCUAAUAAAGAAACCGUGUGGUUCGAAUGGAAUUUAUCAACUUGAAAAUGUAAUAGUGAAAAAUGAUGUUCUUUGUAAAAUAAAAUGUACGAGAAAAAAAAUAUUCAUUUAA